AUGAAAGAUCGAAAGAUCUCGAAGUCCGGGAAUGCUUUUGUUCUGUUUCUAUACCUUUUCGAAAAUCAAACUGGCACGCUGUCCCGGCACCAGAACCAGAACACCAUCCAGGAGCUGCUACAGAACUGCUCGGAUUGCCUGAUGCGGGCGGAGCUGAUAGUGCAGCCUGAGCUGAAAUAUGGAGAUGGCCUACAGCUUGCUCGGAGCAGAGAGCUGGACGAGUGCUUUGCCCAGGCCAAUGACCAGAUGGAAAUCACGGACAGCUUGAUCAGAGAGAUGCGGCAAAUGGGCCAGCCCUGUGAUGCUUAUCAGAAACGACUGCUUCAGCUGCAGGAGCAAAUGCGGGCCCUUUACAAAGCCAUCAGCGCCCCUCGCGUCCGGAGGGUCAGCUCCAAAGGAGGUGGAGGAUACACUUGUCAGAGCGGCUCAGGGUGGGAUGAGUUCACCAAGAGGCUCACCAGCGAUUGUCUGGGGUGGAUGAGACAGCAGAGGACAGAGAUGGACAUGGUGACCUGGGGGGUGGACCUGAUGUCCGUGGAGCAGCACAUCAACAGCCACAGGGGUAUUCACAACGCCAUCGGGGACUAUCGCUGGCAGUUAGACAAAAUCAAGGCUGACUUGCGGGAAAAAUCUGCCAUCUACCAGUUGGAAGAAGAGUAUGAAAAUCUGCUGAAAGCGUCCUUUGACAGAAUGGACCACCUGAGGCAGCUGCAGAACAUCAUCCAGGCCACAUCCCGGGAAAUCAUGUGGAUCAACGACUGCGAGGAGGAGGAGCUGCUCUAUGAUUGGAGUGACAGGAACACCAACAUUGCCCAGAAGCAGGAAGCCUUCUCCAUACGCAUGAGUCAACUAGAAGUUAAGGAGAAGGAGCUCAAUAAGCUGAAACAAGAAAGUGACCAGCUCGUCCUCAAUCAGCAUCCAGCUUCAGACAAGAUAGAGGCCUAUAUGGAUACUCUGCAGACCCAGUGGAGCUGGAUUCUUCAGAUCACCAAAUGUAUUGAUGUUCACCUCAAAGAAAAUGCUGCCUACUUUCAGUUUUUUGAAGAGGCCCAGUCGACGGAGGCCUACCUGAAGGGCCUGCAAGACUCCAUCAGGAAGAAGUACUCCUGUGACAAGAACAUGCCCUUGCAGCGCCUGCUGGACCAGAUAAAGGAGCUGGAGAAAGAACGGGAAAAAAUCCUGGAGUAUAAGCGUCAGGUGCAGAACUUGGUGAACAAGUCCAAGAAGAUCGUCCAGCUGAAACCUCGGAACCCAGACUACAGAAGCAACAAGCCCAUCAUCCUCAGGGCUCUUUGUGACUACAAACAAGACCAGAAAAUCGUGCACAAAGGGGACGAGUGCAUCUUAAAGGACAACAAUGAGCGCAGCAAGUGGUACGUGACAGGCCCGGGAGGCGUCGACAUGCUGGUUCCUUCUGUGGGCCUGAUUAUCCCGCCUCCAAACCCACUGGCCGUCGAUCUUUCUUGCAAGAUUGAGCAGUACUACGAAGCCAUCUUGGCCCUAUGGAACCAGCUCUACAUCAACAUGAAGAGCCUGGUGUCCUGGCACUACUGCAUGAUUGACAUCGAGAAAAUCAGGGCUAUGACCAUCGCCAAGCUGAAAACGAUGCGCCAGGAGGAUUACAUGAAAACCAUCUCUGACCUUGAGUUACAUUACCAAGAGUUCAUCCGAAACAGCCAAGGCUCAGAGAUGUUCGGGGAUGAUGACAAGAGAAACAUCCAGACUCAGUUCACAGAUGCUCAGAAGCACUACCAGACCUUGGUCAUCCAGCUGCCCGGUCACCCCCACCACCAGACAGUAACAACAACUGAAAUCACUCAUCUGGGUUCCUGCCAAGACGCCAACCAUAAGAAUGUGAUCGAAAUCAACCGAGAGACUGACAAGCAGGAGACGUGGAUCCUGAUGGAGCUGCAGAAGAUCCGCCAGCAGAUGGAGCAUUGUGAGGGCCGGAUGUGGCUGAAAAACACCCUCCUGGCCGACCAAGGGUCUUCACACCACAUCACGGUGAAAAUAAAUGAACUGAAGGGCGUGCAGCACGACUCACAAGCAAUUGCUGAAGUUCUCAACCAGCUUAAAGAUAGGCUAGCUAACUUCAGAGGUUCUGAAAAAUUUUGCUACUUACAGAAUGAAGUGUUUGGACUAUUUCAGAAACUGGAAAAUAUCAAUGGUGUGACCGAUGGCUACUUAAAUAGCUUAUGCACUGUGAGAGCACUCCUGCAGGCUCUCCUCCAGGCAGAGGACAUGCUGAAGGUGUACGAAGCCAGACUCACAGAAGAGGAAACCGUCUGCCUGGACCUGGAUAAAGUGGAAGCCUACCGCUGUGGUCUCAAGAAAAUAAAAAAUGACCUGAACCUGAAGAAGUCCCUCUUGGCCACCAUGAAGACAGAACUGCAGAAAGCCCAGCAGAUCCACUCCCAAACUUCCCAGCAGUACCCACUCUAUGAUUUGGAUCUCGGGAAGUUUAGUGAAAAAGUCACACAGCUGACUGAUCGCUGGCAAAGAAUCGAUAAACAGAUAGAUUACAGAUUAUGGGACCUGGAGAAACAAAUCAAACAACUGAGGAACUACCGCGACAACUACCAGGCUUUCUGCAAGUGGCUCUAUGAUGCCAAACGUCGCCAGGAUUCCUUAGAAUCCAUGAAAUUCAGUGAUUCUAACACUGUCAUGAGAUUUUUGAAUGAGCAGAAGAACUUGCACAAUGAAAUAUGUGGCAAACGGGACAAAUCAGAAGAGGUACACAAAAUUGCUGAACUCUGUGCGAAUUCAAUUAAGGAUUAUGAGCUCCAGCUUGCAUCAUACACAUCAGGACUGGAAACCCUACUGAACAUUCCAAUCAAGCGAACUAUGGUUCAGUCCCCUUCUGGGGUGAUUAUGCAGGAGGCUGCAGACAUUCAUGCGCGAUACAUAGAACUGCUUACAAGGUCUGGAGAUUAUUACAGAUUCCUAAGUGAGAUGCUGAAGAGUUUGGAAGAUCUGAAGCUGAAAAAUACCAAGAUCGAAGUUUUGGAGGAGGAGCUCAGACUGGCCCGAGACGCCAACUCCGAAAACUGCAACAAGAACAAAUUCCUGGACCAGAACCUGCAGAAAUACCAGGCAGAGUGUUCCCAGUUCAAAGCCAAGCUUGUGAGCCUGGAGGAACUGAAGAGACAGGCCGAACUGGACGGGAAGUCGGCCAAGCAGAACCUUGACAAGUGCUACGGUCAAAUCAAAGAGCUCAAUGAGAAAAUCACCAGACUCACCUACGAGAUCGAAGACGAAAAGAGGAGGAGGAAGACCGUGGAGGAUCGAUUUGACCAACAGAAAAACGAUUAUGACCAGCUGCAGAAAGCCAGGCAGUGUGAAAAGGAAAACCUGGGCUGGCAAAAACUGGAGUCUGAAAAGGCCAUCAAGGAGAAGGAGUACGAAAUAGAGAGGUUGAGGGUUCUCCUGCAGGAGGAGGGCACCCGGAAGAGAGAAUAUGAGAAUGAGCUGGCAAAGGUAAGAAACCACUAUAAUGAGGAGAUGAGUAAUUUAAGGAACAAGUAUGAAACCGAGAUUAACAUUACGAAGACGACCAUCAAAGAGAUAUCCAUGCAAAAGGAGGACGAUUCUAAAAACCUUAGGAACCAGCUCGAGAGACUCUCGAGGGAGAAUCGGGAUCUGAAGGACGAGAUCGUCAGGCUGAACGACAGCAUCCUGCAGACCACGGAGCAGCGCCGGAGGGCGGAGGAGAACGCGCUCCAGCAGAAGGCCUGUGGCUCAGAGAUCUUGCAGAAGAAGCAGCAUCUGGAGAUAGAGCUCAAGCAGGUCAUUCAGCAGCGCUCUGAGGACAAUGCCAGGCACAAGCAGUCCCUGGAGGAGGCUGCCAAGACCAUCCAGGACAAAAACAAGGAGAUUGAGAGACUCAAAACGGAGUUUCAGGAGGAGGCCAAGCGCCGUUGGGAAUACGAAACUGAACUGGCUAAGGUAAGGAACAGUUACGACGAGGAGAUCAUUAGUUUGAAAAACCAAUUCGAGACGGAGAUCAACAUCACCAAGACCACCAUCCACCAGCUCACCCUGCAGAAAGAAGACGACACCAGUGGCUACCGAGCCCAAGUCGACAAACUCACCAGAGAAAACAGGAGCUUGGCGGAGGAGAUAAAGAGGCUCAAGACCACCCUCGCCCAGACCACAGACAGCCUGCGGAGGGUGGAGGAAAACGUGCUGCAGCAGAAGGCCGCGGGCUCGGAGAUGUCGCAGAGGAAGCAGCAGCUGGAGCUGGAGCUGCGGCAGGUCACGCAGAUGCGAAGCGAGGAGAGCGUGAAGUAUAAGCAGUCUCUCGAUGACGCUGCCAAAACCAUCCAGGAUAAAAACAGGGAGAUCGAAAGAUUAAAGCAGCUGGUGGAAUCAGAGACGAAAGAGCGGGAAUGCCUGCAAGAUGCAAACACCAAACUGCAGCGGGUGCAGUAUGACCUGCAGAAAGCCCACAGCAGCGCCGUGGAGUCCGUCAGCAAGCUGAAGGUCCAGGAGCAGGAGCUCACCCGCCUGAGAAUUGACUACGAGAGGGUUUCCCAAGAGAGGACCGUGAAAGACCAGGAUAUCAGCAGAUUCCAGAACUCGCUGAAAGACCUGCAGCUGCAGAAGCAGAGAGUGGAAGAGGAGCUGAACCGGCUCAAGAGGACGGCCUCCGAAGAGUCUAGCAAGAGGAAGAAGCUGGAGGACGAGCUAGAAGGCAUGAGGAGGUCCCUGAAAGAGCAAGCCAUCAAAGUCACCAACCUGACGCAGCAGCUGGAGCAGGCGUCCAUCGUGAAGAAGAGGAGUGAGGAUGACCUCCGCCAGCAGAGAGACGUGCUGGAUGGCCACGUGAGGGACAAGCAGAAGACCCAGGAGGAGCUGAGGAGGCUGGCCUCGGAGCUUGAGGCCUUGAGGCGGCAGCUGCUUCAGGAACAAGAGAGCGUCAAACAGGCCCACUUGAGGAAUGAGCACUUCCAGAAGGCGAUCGAAGACAAAAGCCGGAGCUUAAAUGAGAGCAAAAUAGAAAUCGAGCGGCUGCAGUCGCUCACGGAGAAUCUCACCAAGGAGCACCUGAUGCUGGAGGAGGAGCUGCGGAACCUGAGGCUGGAGUACGACGACCUGAGGCGGGGCCGCAGCGAGGCGGACUGCGACAAAAAUGCCACCAUCAACGACCUCAGGAGCCAGCUGCAAGUCAGCAACACCCGGACCCUGGAACUGCAGGGGCUGAUUAACGAUUUACAGAGAGAGAGGGAAAAUUUGAGACAGGAAAUUGAGAAAUUCCAAAAGCAGGCAUUAGAGGCAUCUAACAGGAUUCAGGAAUCAAAAAGUCAGUGCACUCAAGUGGUGCAGGAACGAGAGAGCCUCCUGGUGAAAAUCAAGGUCCUGGAACAAGACAAGGCCAGGCUGCAAAGGCUGGAGGAUGAGCUGAACCGGGCCAAGGCAACGAUGGAGUCGGAAAGCAGGGUUAAGCAGCGCCUUGAGUGUGAGAAGCAGCAGAUCCAGAACGACCUAAAUCAGUGGAAAACCCAAUAUUCCCGUAAGGAGGAGGCCAUGAGGAAGAUCGAAUCAGAAAGGGAGAAGAGCGAGCGGGAGAAGAACAGCAUGAGGAGCGAGAUUGAGAGACUGCAGGCAGAGAUCAAGAGGAUUGAGGAGAGGUGCAAGCGCAAGUUGGAGGACUCGUCCAGGGAUACGCAGUGCCAGCUGGAGACGGAGCGCUCCCGGCUCCAGCGAGAGAUCGACAAGCUCCGACAGCGGCCCUAUGGGUCCCAUCGGGAGACCCAGACGGAGUACGAAUGGACGGUGGACACCUCCAAGCUGGUGUUCGAUGGACUGAGGAAGAAGGUGACAGCGAUGCAGCUCUAUGAGUGCCAACUGAUUGACAAGACAACCCUGGACAAGCUGAUGAAGGGGAAGAAGUCCGUGGAAGAAGUCACUUCUGAAAUCCAGCCUUUCCUUCGGGGUGCCGGAGCGAUUGCUGGAGCAUCUGUCUCUCCUAAGGAAAAGUACUCAUUGGUCGAGGCCAAGAGAAAGAAAUUAAUCAACCCAGAGUCCACCGUCAUGCUUCUGGAGGCCCAGGCAGCCACUGGUGGGAUCAUCGAUCCCCACAGAAACGAGAAGCUGACCGUUGACACUGCCAUUGCCCGGGACCUCAUUGAAUUUGAUGACCGACAGCAGAUCUACACGGCAGAAAAAGCCAUCAUAGGCUUUGAUGAUCCAUUUUCAGGCAAGACAGUAUCUGUCUCUGAAGCUAUCAAGAAAAAUCUGAUCGACAGAGAAACUGGAAUGCGCCUGCUGGAAGCCCAGAUCGCGUCUGGGGGCAUUGUGGAUCCUGUUAACAGUGUCUUUUUGCCAAAAGAUGUAGCCUUGGCCCGUGGGCUGAUCGAUCGGGAUUUGUAUCGAUCACUGAAUGACCCCCGAGACAGUCAGAAAAACUUUAUGGACCCGAUCACCAAAAAGAAGGUCAGUUACAUGCAGCUGAGGGAACGGUGCCGAAUCGAGCCACACACGGGUCUGCUCUUGCUGUCUGUCCAGAAGAGAAGCAUGUCCUUCCAAGGGAUCAGACAGCCCGUGACCGUCACCGAACUAGUCGAUUCUGGCAUUCUGAGACCAUCCACUGUCAAUGAACUUGAGUCGGGGCAGAUUUCUUAUGAUGAGGUUGGUGAGCGGAUCAAGGAUUUUCUCCAGGGUUCAAGCUGCAUAGCUGGCAUCUACAACGAGACCACGAAACAGAAGCUUGGCAUCUAUGAGGCCAUGAAGAUUGGCCUGGUCCGACCCGGCACUGCUCUGGAAUUGCUCGAGGCCCAAGCUGCUACUGGCUUUAUCGUGGACCCCGUUAGCAAUCUGAGGUUACCUGUAGAAGAAGCCUACAAAAGAGGCCUCGUGGGCAUUGAGUUUAAAGAGAAGCUCUUGUCUGCGGAACGAGCUGUCACCGGGUACAAUGAUCCUGAGACAGGGAGCAUCAUCUCCUUGUUCCAAGCCAUGAACAAGGAGCUCAUUGAAAAGGGCCACGGCAUUCGCUUGUUGGAAGCACAGAUCGCUACCGGGGGCAUCAUUGACCCGAAGGAGAGCCAUCGCUUGCCUGUGGACAUGGCCUACAAGAGGGGCUAUUUCAACGAGGAGCUCAGCGAGAUCCUCUCAGAUCCCAGCGAUGACACCAAGGGGUUUUUCGACCCCAAUACCGAGGAAAACCUUACCUAUCUGCAGCUGAAGGAAAGGUGCAUCAAGGAUGAGGAGACAGGGCUCUGUCUUCUUCCUCUGAAAGAGAAGAAGAAGCAGGUGCAGACGUCCCAGAAAAACACCCUCAGGAAGCGGAGAGUGGUCAUCGUUGACCCCGAAACCAACAAGGAGAUGUCCGUUCAGGAGGCCUACAAGAAGGGGCUGAUCGAUUACGAAACCUUCAAAGAACUGUGUGACCAGGAGUGCGAGUGGGAAGAGAUCACCAUCACCGGGUCGGACGGCUCGACCCGAGUGGUUCUGGUCGAUAGGAAGACAGGUAGUCAGUACGACAUUCAGGAGGCCAUUGACAAGGGCCUCGUCGAUCGGAAGUUCUUUGAUCAGUACCGGUCUGGCAGCCUCAGUCUCACGCAGUUCGCUGACAUGAUCUCCCUGAAAAAUGGCAUGGGCAAUAGCGGCAGCCUCGGUGGAGGCGUCAGUGAUGAAGUGUUCAGCAGCUCGAGGCACGAGUCUGUAAGCAAGAUCUCAACCAUAUCCAGCGUCCGGAAUCUAACCAUCCGGAGCAGCUCUCUGUCCGACCCCCUGGAAGAGAGCAGCCCCAUUGCAGCCAUCUUUGACACAGAAAACUUGGAAAAAAUCUCCAUUUCCGAAGGCAUUGAGCGCGGCAUUGUGGAUAGCAUCACAGGCCAGAGGCUUCUGGAAGCUCAGGCCUGCACGGGUGGCAUCAUCCACCCCACCACUGGUCAGAAGUUGUCACUCCAAGAGGCUGUCUCCCAGGGUCUGAUUGACCAGGAUAUGGCCACCAGGCUGAAGCCUGCUCAGAAAGCCUUCAUUGGCUUUGAAGGGGUGAAGGGGAAGAAGAAGAUGUCGGCAGCAGAGGCCGUGAAAGAAAAAUGGCUCCCCUAUGAGGCAGGGCAGCGCUUCCUGGAGUUCCAGUACCUCACAGGAGGGCUGGUUGACCCAGAAGUGCACGGGAGGAUAAGCAAUGAGGAAGCCAUCAGAAAGGGCUUCAUCGACGGCCGAGCAGCUCAGAGGCUGCAAGACACCAACAGCUAUGCCAAAAUCCUGACCUGCCCCAAAACCAAGUUGAAAAUAUCCUACAAGGAUGCUGUGAACCGCUCCAUGGUAGAAGAUAUCACUGGGCUACGCCUUCUGGAAGCAGCCUCCGUUUCCUCCAAGGGCUUGCCCAGCCCUUAUAAUAUGUCUUCUGCCCCAGGCUCUCGCUCCGGCUCUCGCUCCGGCUCUCGUUCCGGCUCUCGCUCCGGCUCUCGCAGUGGGUCCCGGAGGGGCAGUUUCGAUGCAACAGGAAAUUCUUCCUACUCUUAUACUUACUCAUUUAGCAGUAGCUCUAUUGGGCAUUAGUAAGUCAGUUGGAAAUGGUUGCUACGCCUUGGCAGCUUUCAUAUGAAUUUCACUUUAUUAAAUAAUAACGAAAAGCUCAGUGCUUGCAGUAGGAAUGAUAUAACCUUGCUUAAGAAACGGUAGUCAUGCUUGAACUCAAAUAGUAAAGGCUAUUCUGGCUUUUAAUCUUCUUAGACUUUCUUAAAACUAAUGUAAUACACCUUGGAUGUAGUGUAUCUGAAAUGGUAAUCAAUUGUAAGGAUAGCACAAAUUGAAUUUAGAAUGUGUUUCCUCCUUUCUGAGGUUAGAUUUUUGGACUAACUCUUCUUGAAUUCUUUUUGGCAUUUAAUAUAGAUUUCUAUUCUUAAGAUAAAAAUGGAUAAUUGAUAUUUCAGUCAUUCUGUUUCUCACCUAAAUGUUACCAUAUCUUUCGCUCACCCCUACCCACAAAAUCACCCAAAACCAAGCAUUUUGGAAUGAGUCUCCCUUAGUUUCUGAAUGUAGAUUGUAUAACACAUGUACUAUCAAAUGUCCUUGUUUGGUUUGGUACUAAUUUGACUGCAUAUGCAUGAUAGCUGCAAUCUUUGCUUUGCUUGGUCAAAGCUUCCUGUUUAUUUUGCUUGUCAGUUUCAGUGUACUUUUUAAAAGGUUGGCUAUUCUGUCAAUAAAGUUUUAGACUUUUGAA